CUUAACUGUAAAAGCACAGACCUUAAGUUUGGAUCAUUACUGAUCAUAUUCUGUCUGCAGAACAACUGCAGGAUAUAGCAUUUGGUUUUACUUGUUAUGACUAAGCUUUAUACAUGCAAAUUUCGUUUUCAAAAUAAGGCUUACUGUCAGGACAACAUGCAAACAUGCCACUGGCUUGCUAUAGAUUUGAUUAUUUCUCUGCAACUGCUAAAGAGGGACUCAAGUCCUGCUUUCCAAGAGGAAUGCAAGUGGAAGGAGGGAUAAUAAGCAAGUGAUCUCACGUGCCCAAAGCUAAAAAGAGGAUGUAUAGAACUGAAGAAUAGAGCUAAACUAUGGAUCAGGACUACUAAGCCAAAGGAGAGAUGUGAGAGGAAAUGAGGGAAGCUCAACUCUGCUAGUUGCUCCUGAGAUCUACCCUCCCUGCAUAACAGUCGAGGUGGUGGUGGUAGCACACACAGAUGGAGUCAACUCUUGCCCACACAGUUGUUUCUCUUUGCACCUGGGGGAAAGGCAGGGAGCUGGGGAGAAGCAGUCUGCUGACCAGUGGGUUUGGGCUGUGACUGCAGAGGAUCUGACUUGCAGUGCAGAGAAGCUUAGGCAGAAAGUUUCAGGAGAAAUAUCACAAUAGGACUGGGAUGUAUGAGGGAUCUCACAGGGGCCAAAGACUGAAUUGCAUUCCUUUUUCAUUGAAGUCAAGGAAAGCCUUGGGAGUUCACUGCUAUUGGAACUGCUUAGCAUCACGAAGAACAACAUAGAGCAAGGGAAACUAUAGAAGUGGUUGUGGUUGGAAGAUGUGAUGACAUCACAGGGUUCAGCGGGAACAUGGGGCUUUAAAAAAGCUCAAAGAAACAUCCUGACAGUCAGUUAUCACAUCCCCGUAAAGGAGUCAAAGCACACGUUAGGUAUUAAAAAGCCACCCAUCUUCAUCAAAGAGAGAAAAAAAGACUCCAUCCUGACACAGAAUAUGCACUGGCAAAAAUCUUCUGCUCCAGAACAGCAGCCACAACCUCGCCCCUACCAAGGUGUCCGUGUCAAAGAGCCGGUGAAGGAGCUUUUGAAAAGGAAACGGGGAAAUGUUCAUAAUGCCAGUGCAACGGCAGCUACAACGGUUGUUUUGCCCCACCAGCCUCUUCCUUCCUAUUCACCAAUGGGCCAGCCUUGCACUGAUAUGGAUGUUGCUGCCUCCGCAUUGCCUGUCACAGAUGAAGGACCACUCUGUUCUGGCUGGAUUUCCCAGCCCUCUCCCUCAUCCUUACAGCCUUUAACUCAAUGGACCACUUACCCUGAUUAUGUGCCUCACGAAGCAGUUGGCUGCCCGUACACAGCAGAUAUGUAUGUUCAGCCUAUGUGUCCCAGUUACACGCUGGUUGGACCUUCAUCUGUUCUGACUUACACUUCUCAACCGUUGAUCACCAAUUUUUCACCUCGAAGUACCACCCCCGCUGUAGUGCCUCAGCUUGAGGUGACGGAUCAGCAGCCGCCUCUCACAUACUUCCCAUGGGCUCAGCCCCUCUCUGCACUGCCAGCCUCCACUUUGCAGUACCAGACAGCUUCUUCCACACUUUCUGGGCCACAGUUUGUGCCCUUGCCCAUCUCCAUUCCUGAACCAGCCCCGCAGGAGCUGGAGGAUGCCAGACGAGUCAUCAGCACACUGCCCAUUGAGAAGCUACUUCUAGAAGAUGAAGACAAUGAUACGUAUGUUUUAAACCAUGCUCUCUCUGUUGAAGGGCUUUAAGUUGUGCAUCUGGGGCCUGAUCCUCACCUACUCAAUACUCCACCUGGCACCACAGUGAAUUUUGAGUACAGAGGAAAAGCAGGCUUGGGGGGGGGAAGUUUACUUGUGAUUUUGGAAUCCACCUUUAGCACACCAUGACUUGUGUGUUGUGUGAAACUUGCUUUGUCCUGAGGCUUAGCACAAGAUUUCUCUGCUGUUACAGUUCCUGCUACCUCUCCCAGGCAGGCUUUUGGUACUGUAUAAUUCUUGUGCCCAGCAUCAGCACAAGGUCACUUUCAUCCUCACACAUAUGGCAUGGUCUCAAAUGGAAGUAGAAUAGUGUAGCCAUGGCCAACUGUAGCAUUUGUUGAAGGUACGCUUACCUCUAAAUACCAACAAGACCUAAUUCAGUAGGACUGCUUCUCAGAGCUCAGUGUAAACGCCUUAUGUGUGUGUGCCUUCCUGUCUGUGGAGGAACCUCUACCUGAUCUGGGCCACUGAAAAAUAUUUUUGGGGUCUAAGUUGACAUUUUUCUUUCCUAAAUUGAACUGUUCCUUUGGAAAAUAGAAAAAUAUAAAAUGUAGUUUUGUUCUACUGGUGCUGGUAGGUGCAUUAGUUUAAAGACAGAAAGUCAAUACAGCUGAACUAAACAUCAGUGCAGUCAGACAUCCCUAUUUACAGAGCAGUAAGCCUAGAUGAAACACUUGAGUUCACACAAAGGUGUAACUCGUUCUGUAGCAUUUAGUGCGAAGUCAGUGAUGUCAUGCUGAGCCAGAGAACCUUAGUAACUUCUCUUGUGCCUUCCUGCUAUGGAACGUUUCUCUGUCCUGUAAUAUCACAGGCCCACAGGUACACACAUUUUCUUCAUAGCUUUCUGAUUUUCUUUCCUGCAAGAUGAGUAGCUUUACUUUGUCCUCUAUUGCAACUGUAAAUAUUAUUGCUGGUGUUCAGGAGUGCCAUGCCACAGGCAAAUAUAUUUGCAGGAGAUAUCCUUUUCUAACUCUCUUUAUUGUUUUCUUAAUAAACAAGGGUCUCUUUGAUGGUGAACACAAUUUCUCUGGGUUUUUCUGCUUUCUAAAGCCCAGCAUUCUCAGGUGAUUUUAUUAUUUGCAAGACUAACUGCAAAAUAACUUAUUUCAUUCUUUAUUACCUGGUGUCCAGCACUCCUGUUGCCACCCAGGCUGUAUGUCAAGUGACCUUAUACUUUAUGCCUGAGUGAGGUUUGCAAGCUCAGGUUGAAAGUCUUGAGGACUUUGAAAGCGUAUUUUGUUAUUUAAUAUUGGCAAAUUUGGAAGAUACAAUCAGUAGGUCAUGUAAGUGAUCAUAAAGUUGUUUGAAAAUAGCAGUAGUUCAGGUGCAUUGAAAUUAGUGGCUUACAUUUGCAGAAAAACCCAGCAAAGAAAUUAAUUAGAAGGAGCUUAGUUCACCACUGCUUACUCCAGUUUUAUAAGUGCAAACACAUUCAGUAGGUAAAACUGGGGUAAUGCAGUUGUGAAUCAAGCCUGUGGUUGCUAACAUUGCUUUUAAAUUUCUUUCACUCCAAUGUAUGUAAAUUCUAUGUGUCAAUAUAAAACAAUGAUGAACUGUUUCAGAAUUUCUUUCUGGGUUGUUCUGGUUAGAGAGACAAAAUCUUUUUCAAUAAAGAUCUACAGUAACUUU